CUGCUACUGCUCUCUCUCCCCUCCCCGCGAGAGGCCGAGAACGACGACCCGCCUCGCCUCCCUCGCCGGAAAUCCUGGUUUCCUCGGCGACCGGAGGAUAUUUCUCCGAUCGCUCCUUCGGAUCGCUCAGUUCGACGCAGAGACGACCUUGGUCUCACCAUGCUUCUUCGUUGUGUGUCCUGAUCUCACCGUACGGGGUGAGCGUCGAGAGGCUAUGGAUUCCUCCGGCGGCGACGCGGCCUCGCCACCUGAUCGCGAGGCGAUGAAUGAGAAGGGGAGGCUCUACGUGUUGCUCCGAUUGUUUGUCGCUCUUCUCUUCCCGGUCGUCGUCUUCUUCUCUUCGUCGUUUUUGAUCGGCGUCGUCGCUCUCCUUGUCAGUAAUUUCUCGAUCCCGAGCCCUAUGACCCUACCUUCCGAGUGCAAAAUCGUCUCCAGCAGUGUGGACAUAAGAUCGUCUAAAGUUUGCGAGCUUGGGCUGUUGAAUUACAACGCCAAGAUUGUUUUCAGUUCGUCCGAGAAAAGGAAAUUCCGGUGCCAUUAUGAUUACUAUUGGGCUUCAGUAUUUAAGGUAGAAUAUAAGGAUCAUUUAUCGGGUCAGACUCGACUAGCACUUGCAGAGGCCCCAAACGAGGCCCUUCCUGCUGAUUGCAGACCUGGUUUUGGUGUUGCUUGGUUGACCAAAGAUAAAUUUAAGGUAAAUAAUACUUAUGACUGCUGGUAUACAUCAAGCAGUUCUAAAGUAAGCAUCUAUCACGAUGACUUCUUCAGUUGCCAAGCGAAAGAUCCAUCUGCAAUGGAGAUGAUGAGGAGAUACUAUAUAUUGUUCUCAGAGAUUUUCAAAUCCUGGGUAACCGGCAAGAUCAGAGCUAGAUAUUGGAAAUGGGAAACAAUUGCUGGGGUGUUUACUGGUUUUUCAACCUCCUUAAUAUCAAUGAGUUUUAUCCGACUCUUUCAACAGAUGAAAUCUCGGCAUUGGGUGCGUCCAACCGGGAUGCUUCCUUGCACAGAUCUUGUUGAUUAUUGUACUUAGCAGAAAAGAGAGAAACGGUUGCUCAGCAAGCGUUUGGUUUUUGUGUGGAAUAUAGGGAUGUAUGUAGUGACGGGGAAGUAAAAGGAAAAGGCAAUUCAAAAUGCUGCUGGUGAUGUACUAAUCAUCCUGAAUUUGUGAUGUGACAUGUGUUUUGAGUAUAUCUCUUGUCCCAGCUAAUAUCAUUGUUUAACUAGACGAGCGGGAAAAAACAACAGAACUAGUUUAUGGUCCUUUUAUUGCAGAAUAUGUGGAGAGUGAGGCUGCAAUUUGAUUUCUAUUUACAGUGGGCUACCAGUAGAGUUAGUAUU